AUGGCUUCGCCAAACCGCCCAUCGCUGUCGGUUAGGCGGCAGUCUUCCGCACGGAACCUCAGACAGCCCGAACAUGACGACUUAACUCAGUCCUUGAACCAACUCUCCAUCUCCACUUCGCCCGGCAGAGCUCCGUCCCGCCUCUCCUCCGAACCAGCUUCUCCAUUCCGCUCAUCGGGUCGUCGCACGUCGCAGUCGCCUGCGCCAAAUGCUCGGGCUUUGUCCCGUAGCCCGUCCCGGACUCGUGAAGCUUCUCGGGACACACCUACACUACUACGAAAGGCGUCUAUGAACUCGCUGCGCUCCUCUAACGGUAUCGGGCCAGGUUCGACCCCUUCGAGACGUUCCAGCGUGGUGCAUCACAUAUCACCAACUCAGGCCAAGUCGCCUCUGUCAUCUACUCCUCCUGUGCUGGAGAAACCCCGACCAACUGCGAUUUCCAUUGCACAUGACAAUCUCAGUGACGAGUUGCAGGCGCAUCAUGGCGCAACAUCCACUCGCCCAACCCAGAUGAUCGUAGUGCUAAACGAUGCCGUCUAUGGACAUCGCUUCUCCCGACCCCGAACUUCUCGUGCCGCUCUCAGUACUAUCGUCGAACGCCCGGAACGAAUAAAGGCAGCUGUGUUGGGUAUAUCUGCAGCGUAUGUCCGCUUGGGUGGAAGACAUUCUGAGGGUGAAUAUCCGCUUCAUCCUAAAAGAGAGGCUGAGGAUAUUCAUGGCAUCCCAUUCCGGAUACAAAAGACAGAACGUAGACUUUCUCUUUUGUCACCAGCUGUAGUAAAUGUGCAUGGGACAAAAUGGAUGGAAGAACUCAAAAUGAUGUGCGAUGCAGCCGAAUCGAAGCUUGCAAUGGGGGGCAAGGAGUUGCAGAGACCACAGAUGAACAGAGGGGCUGAGAAAGCUGACAAGUUCCACGAAGGUGAUCUCUACCUUUGCUCAGAGUCUUUGGACGCCAUGGAGGGUGCUCUGGGGGCUGUCUGCGAAGCCAUUGACACUGUUUUUGGUCCCGGACCUCAGCGGGCCUUUGUUGGCGUGCGACCUCCCGGCCACCAUUGUUCCGCCUCCUAUCCUUCAGGCUUCUGUUGGGUCAACAAUGUUCAUGUUGGUAUCAUGCAUGCAGCUCUCAACCAUGGGCUCACGCAUGCUGCGAUCAUUGACUUUGAUCUUCAUCAUGGUGAUGGUUCUCAAGCCAUUACAUGGCAGCACAAUUCUCGAGGAAACAAUGCUGCUAAGAAUGCGGCAGCAUGGAAGAAGUCUUCGAUUGGCUACUUCAGCUUGCACGACAUCAACUCGUAUCCGUGUGAAAUGGGCGAUGAAGAAAAGGUUAGAAGCGCCAGUAUCUGUAUCGACAACGCACACGGACAAACUGUUUGGAAUGUCCAUCUGGAGCCUUGGAAAUCUGAGGAGGAGUUCUGGAAACUCUACGAGACCAGGUAUAUUGUGCUCUUGGACAAGAACCAGGCGGAGCGAUUGAGAGAAUUCAACUUGCCUCCGAAGGCUGCCAUCUUCUUCUCUGCUGGCUUUGAUGCCAGUGAAUGGGAGAGCGCAGGAAUGCAGCGUCACAAGGUCAACGUGCCAACAGAAUUCUAUGCCCGUAUUGCCCAGGAUGUCGUCAAAUUGGCCGCUGAAGAAGGGCUUCACGUUGAUGGUCGAGUUAUCAGCGUGCUAGAAGGCGGCUAUAGCGAUCGAGCUUUGUGCUCUGGUAUUCUAAGCCAUCUCAGUGGGCUCGCUGGAGAUCAAACCUACGCUCAAGAGCCAGACAAUGUUGGCCGUCUUGGUGUCGAAAUGGGACAGAAGAUUGGAUCCCUUUCAGGGGAAAUGUCAUACAGUUUCGAGCAAAAGCCGUCAUUGGACUCUGUUCAUGCUUACGACCCAUCAUGGUGGUCGCCAUCCCAUUUGGAUGAGCUCGAGGCUUUGAUGGAGGUUCCAAAUGGUCCAGCCAAGAAGCCGCAGAGCGCUACUCUCCCAACCUACUUCUCACCAACACAGGCAUCCACGGCUAAGGUCUCAGAUCCCAUCAAGAUGCGACGUAGUUUGUCCAACUUGGGUGCAUCUAUGACCAGGCCUCCGUCACCACCUCCGCCAGAAGUUCCUUGGGCCAUUGCAGUCCAUGAGCUCAGCAAGCUCCUGAUCCCCUCUAGUCGUCAAACCGAUAGCUGCAAGCCUGAGGAACUGAACGCAGAGGCAAGCAAGGCGAGACGAGAUCGCCAAUCAAUAAUCAUGGGCAUUGACCCAAACCCUCCUGCUACUUCUUCUUCGCGCCCAACCUCGCGCAUGUCUCUGCGUGAGAGGAGAGCCAAGGCAGCACCUACUCCCGAGUCAACCUCUGAAAAGGCAACCACAAGCCGCAGAAGAACAAUGGGCGCUGCCCCCAUCUCUUCGGACAAGGUUAGUCAUAACUUAUCAUGUGAUGAAGCAAAGCUAACUCCUGCGAAGGCGGUUGCGCGCGGUGUCCCCUCGAGGACAAACAGUGGUGAGCCGGCAGUGAGGAGGACCAGUCGUCGUCUUAGUGAGAUCCCGGCAUCCCUCACAACAAGAGAUGUAUCACCAGGUGAAGCAGAUCGGCCUGAGGUAGCAGAACACGCUCGUACAGUCCCCAACUCGCCCAUGGCUACGAAAUCAGUUGCCAACACCAAUCCUCCGGUCAAGAAGGCAAGAACUUCUACUGCCCCUCGCAAGGAGCCUGCGCCAAGAGCGCCUCGGGGUACCAAGAAAGCUACUACUACCGCUGGCCCUUCGCGACCUGCCACAGCUACACAGAAAGCCAAGUCGCCAGUCAAGGCUUCGAAGAAGGACGGUGCAUCUAGCGCGGGUGGCGAUGAUAUUGACAGCCUCACCUCUGGUAUGAAGAAGAUUCGUAUCAACCUGAUCACUCAGUCUCAGAAGGAAGCCAAAGAGCGAGCUCGCCUUGAAGCUGAGAAAGCCAAGGGCAAAGAAUCUUCUAUCACAUACAAGCCUGCCACGACAUCUUCCAGUACUGAGCAUCCAUCAUCAGUCACUGACCAUAGCCAGACCCCUGUCAGUGCUUCCGUCGAGGCGCAUGAUAUCUCUCCUACUCAACCUGCACCGGGUAAUGCCCGCAUCCCUUCACCACCUACCACUGCCUCUUCGAGAAGAAUCAUGUCUCCCUCACAAGAACAAUACGCUUUCGAAUCCACUGCGCAAGUCACUCAGCUGAUGUCUCCUCCUCUGAGUUCUCCUGCCAUCCCCUCUGUUUCCGUACACCCUAGCACGGAUGCAGAUGAUAUCUUUGUUCCCUACCAACCCGAAGGCCCUGCGCCUGAGUCCGUUGCUCAGAGCGAGCCUUUGAAGUGGCUUCCACCUAAUGUACCAACUCCAUCUGAGCAAACGCCUGCCGCGACACCUAGCCCGGCCAAGAAGAGCAAUCUUUUCCAAUACACUUCCGGUGGUAUUCCAUUUGCCCCUCGCCCGGGACAGGGACCAAGUGAGCUCAAGCACGCGGAGCAGGGUGUUAAGCCAGAGCCGAAGUCGCCGAAGUCGCCGAAUUCUAUCGAGGAGAUUCCCGAGACGCCUCAGCAUUAA